AUGAUACCUGAUUUAAAGGAAAUUUAUGCUAAAGAAAUUUUUGGAAAUAAAAAGUUAAGAAGAUUUUUUUUAAAAUAUAAAUCUAAAGGAAAAGUUUUGUAUUCUUUUACAUCUAAUAAGGAAACUAUAAAUGAAGAAAAAAAGAAUGAUAAUUUAUAUAUUUUAAAAUAUAAUAGCAUAUAUUUUAAAGUAUUAAAAAAUAAAUUUUAUAAGAUUUCUACUUUUCUUUAUUUAUUUUUUGUUAUUUUUAGUAAAGAUAUUUUAUAUAUACUUUUAAAUAAGAAAUAUGAUGGAAUUUCAGAUUUUUUUAUUAUAAUACUAAUUUUUUUUUGUUUUACCGAUAUAAUAGUUAAUUUAUUAACGGACACAAAUUAUUUAUUUUAUUUUAUGUUUUUUGAUAUCCUAUCAUUAACUUUAUUGUUUUUUGAUAUCUCUAUUUAUGAAAAAUAUUUGUUUGAUUUCUUUUGCUUUUCUAUUAAAAGCUUAUAUGGGAUAAAAGAAAUUGAUAAAGAAGAAAUAUUUUAUUUAGUGCACUUAUUUAAAGUUUUACGUGUUGUAAAAAUAUAUCGAUUAAUAAUUCAUUUUAUUAAAAAACUUACAAAAGACAUAUAUAAACAUAGAAAUAAGUGGAAUUUUGAAAAAGUAGAAAGUAUGCAAAAUAUAACAAAUUUAAAGGGAAGUUUAAAAUUUACAAAUAAAAUGCAUUUAGCAUUAAUAAAAAGAUAUUUUAUGUCUUUAUUAUUUAUUAUGCUAUCUUAUAUAUUCAUAGAAAUAAUUUCAAUCUCAAAGGAAAAAAAAAAUUCAAUGAGCUAUUUUAUUUAUAACUUAGAUCUUUCAAUCUCAAAGGAAAAAAAAAAUUCAAUGAGCUAUUUUAUUUAUAACUUAGAUCUAAUUAUUUACGAUGAUUAUUAUGAAAAUGAAUUUUUAAAAGCUCUAUAUUUUUAUAGUCAAAAAAAAAAAAGAGAUGUUGAAUAUUUAAUAAGUUUUAAAUCAAAAAAAAAAUUAAAAAAUUUUAUUAAUAAAAAAGAAAUUAAUUUGAAGGAAAAAAAUUUUAUAUUAUGGGAUUUUACAAAUUUGUCUUAUGUAAUAAUAUUAAAUAAAAAAAAUGAUCUAAUUAAGUUUUUAAAUAUGAAUUCUACAAAUCAUGACAAAAAUGUUGAAGUAGAAAUUAUCUUGGAUAAUACAAUUAAAGAUAUAAAUGAACUAAGAUAUUAUGAAGUUAAAAUCUAUAAAUCUAAGGACUAUACAUUUUAUAUAAAUAUUAAAAAAAUUAUAGAAAAUAAGAUAAAAAAAAUAAUAAUUCUUAAAAUAUUUGUUAUAAUAUUUUCACUUGUUAUACUAUUUUACUUUACAUGUGAAUUGAAUAUUUUAUUAUUUCCUAUUGAAAGCAUUUUAAAAAAAUUAAAACUUAUGAAAGCUAACCCAAUAUUAGCACUUGAAAUGCAAGAAGAACUGUUAAAUCAUGAGUUGAAACAUAUUUUAAGUAACUCAAAAUUAAAAAGAAAAAGUAUAAAAGAGAAUUAUGAAAUAUUGAAAAUGGAAGAAAAUUUAAUGAAAUUAGGUACAUUAAUGUUAUUAGGUUUUGGAGAAGCAGGAGCUAAAAUUAUUUCUAAAAAUAUCAAUGAACAAGAAAAUAUUAACCUAUUAGUAAAUGGAGAAAUAGUCUAUUCAGUUUUUGCAUUUUGCGAUAUAAGAAACUUUACUGAAAUCACAGAAAUAUUAAAAGAAAAGAUAAUGAUAUUUAUUAAUUUAAUUGCUGAAAUUAUUCAUGAGUGUUGUGAUUUUUAUGGUGGUUCAAUUAAUAAAAAUAUAGGAGAUGCAUUUUUACUAGUAUGGAAAUGUAAAAAAAACAAAUAUACAUAUGAGGAAAAAAAAUGUUAUAACUCAAAAAACAGUAAAAUAGAAAAUAAAGAUUUUUCAGAAAAGGAAGAUGUAAAAAGAAUAUGUGAUUUAGCUUUUUUGUCUACAAUACAAACAUUAAUUAAACUUCAGCAGUCAGAAAAAAUAAAUCUAUUUUUAAAAAACGAAAAAAUUGAUAAUCUAGUUAAUAAAAAUAUUUUAGAGUUAAGUUUUGGUUUACAUUUUGGAUGGGCUAUUGAAGGAGCAAUUGGAAGUAGUUAUAAAAUUGAUUUAACAUAUUUAUCAGAAAAUGUAAAUAUAGCUAGUAGAUUACAAGAUAUUUCAAAAAUAUACAAAAGUCAUAUUAUUAUAUCAGGAGAUUUUUAUGAUAAUAUGUCAGACAAUUUUAAAAAAUUAUUGAGAAAAAUAGAUAGAGCUAAACUAAAAGGAUGCAAAAAUCCUUUAAAUUUAUUUACAUUUGAUUUAUUCUUAAAUAAAAUAAAGAAAAAAACAGAUGUGUAUAAGUUUAAUGAAGAAUUAAAUUUCAAAGUAAAAAUACAAAAGAUACUAGAUGAUAUUAAAAAAAAAACAGAUAGGAGAAUAAGAAAAAAGGAAAUAUUAAAUCUAAAUUAUAAUAUUUACGAAGAAUAUAUAAAAAAUAAAGAUAUAAAAUCAAUAAAAGUAGAUUUUCCUAAUGAAUAUUUAAAUGUAUUUGAAGAUGCAUUAGAAUUGUAUUUAAAUGGUAAUUGGAAUGAAUCAAGAAAAAAUUUAGAAUAUUUAAAAAAAAAUUAUUUUUUUGAAGAUAACAUUGCAACUCAAUUGUUGAAUUUUAUGAAUUUGACAAAUUUCACUACUCCUCAAGAUUGGUGUGGAUAUAGAAAAUUUUUACAAAAAUCAUAA